CUCGCCGUGACCUGCCAGAGGGGGGUGAAGGCAGGUCCUGGUGUUAAGCCCGCUGUACCCCAGCAGGGCCCAGGGCUGUGAAGGCUCCUUGGCCAAGUGGGGGCAGGGCCAGUGUGUGGAUGUGGCCCUGAUGCUAGCACAGCGUGGCCCUUAUGGUCUCAGCCUCAGGGGAGGAGCCCCUCCCCCGCCGGAAAAGGAGGCUGGGCGGGGCAGGGAUCAGAGCCCCAGCCCCUGCGCUUGGUUACCUAGGCAACUAAAGGAACCGGCUGGGCGCCUGUAUGGCCCUUCGUGAUUGGCUCCAGCCGUGGGGGGGGGAGGCGGGAGCUCGUUGGCCGACGAGGCUGCUGAUUGGCUGCGGCGGAGCGCCUUCCGGUCGGCUGUGAUUGGUGUGGGGAAGUUGUCGGGGGGCGGGAGGGCUCGAAGGAAACUGACGCGCGGAGGGGGUUGCCCCCGGCUCUCUGAGACAUAAAUUUGAAAUAAAUAAGGGAAAAGAACCCUGACAAUGUCUUUGGUAGUGUCAGAAUAUACCAUUGGUGGGGUGAAGAUUGUCUUUCCUUGCAAGGCUUACCCUUCACAACUUGCUAUGAUGAAUGCAAUUGUUAAGGGGUUAAAUUCCAGGCAACAUUGUUUGUUGGAGAGCCCCACAGGAAGUGGUAAAAGUUUGGCGUUACUUUGUUCUGUAUUAUCAUGGCAGCAGUCGCUGCAUGAGAAGUCACUGGAUGAGUUCUCAUGUGAAAAGGAGUGCAAAAAACCAGAGACUUCAUUGCCAUGUCACUGUAGAUGCCAUUUGCAGGUUGUGACUAAUGACACUACUGCAGUCGUGAACCAAGGUGCUUCUUGUUCUUUCACUAAUAGUAAAGCAGCAACUUCCAUAAAAAGUGAAACACCAUCAACAGACAAAGUAAUGAAUACUCCUGUUACAGAACAUAAUGCAAAAGUCACACUGUCUUCAAAAUUAUCUGCAAAGAAAUGGGCAUCUUUACAUGCAGAUGAAAAUGACGACUUUCAAGUAGACAGGAAAAGGAUACGUUUAUUAGAAACUGAGCAGCAGGUAAGAAAACGUCAUUGUUUUGCAAAAGGAGUGCAGUUUGUUGAUGCUUUGGAAGUUUAUCAGCAGCGAAGAAAUGGGGAACUGACUGUUCACGCAGAAAAAAUUGCUGCUUUCUCUCCAAAAACAUGGAGUACCGGAGUCGACGGGAGAGUGAUCGGCAGUCGAUUUAGCGCGUCUUCACUAAAUGCGCUAAAUCGACCCCCGGUGGCUAGAUUGCUGCAGCGUCGAUCCACUUCUCCUGACCUCUGCACACAGUGUUCCUGCUCUUCUGCAAAAGAAAAUGGUAAAAAUGUUAGUUAUGCAAAGAGGAAGGAAAAUGGAGGAAAGCCACACAUCCCCAAAAUAUUUUUUGGAACUCGAACACACAAGCAAAUAGCUCAGAUUACUAGAGAGCUGCAGAGGACAGUAUAUUCCAGUGUCCGUAUGACAAUUCUUUCUAGCCGGGAUCAUACCUGUGUUCAUCCAGUGGUAUCGAGAAGUAGUAACAGGAAUGAAAAAUGUGCAGACUUGCUGGAAGGAAAAAAUGGCGGGUCCUGUGUUUACUACCAUGGUGUGCAUAAACUUAGUGAACAUCAUGCUCUACAGUUUGCACGUAAGAAAUGUCAGGCUUGGGACAUAGAAGAUCUAGUUAGCCUGGGAAAGAAGCUACGUGCAUGUGCCUAUUUUGCAGCUCGAGAACUCAUGGUGGGGGCAGAUAUUGUAUUUUGUCCUUACAACUACCUUCUGGAUCCACAAAUAAGAGAGAGUAUGGAGAUUAACCUAAAAGACCAAGUAGUCAUUUUAGAUGAAGCUCAUAAUAUUGAAGAUUGUGCACGGGAGUCAGCCAGUUACAGUGUUACAGAAACACAGCUGAGAUUUGCUCGAGAAGAACUUGAUAUCAUGAUCGUCAACAAUAUCAGACGGAAGGACCAUGAUCCCCUGCGGGCUGUGUGCUACAGUCUGACGAAUUGGCUACAGGAAAGCUCUGGUCAACUUAAAGAAAGGGGAUAUGAAACCUCCUGUAAAGUUUGGAGUGGAAAGGAAAUGCUCACCAUUUUGCACAAUAUGGGAAUAACAAAUGCUACAUUUCCUAUCCUGCAGAAACAUUUUGCUGCUGUCCUUGAAAAAGAAGAAAAAGUAUCAAAUCUUCAUGGAGGAGAUGAGCUUAUUGAGGUUCCUAUUGUGAGCCCUGCCACUCAGAUUAUGCUAAAAGGGCUAUUCAUGGUUCUACUGUAUCUUUUUAAAGAUGACAACAGAUUUGCAGAUGACUACAGAGUUGCUUUGCAACAAACAUAUGUUUGGACAAAUGACAAGCAACUUGAUAUUCCAGAUAAAAAUGUUUUCUUUGCACAACCAAAACAUCAGAGGAGUUCACGGCAGAAAACAGCAGUCCAUACUCUUAACUUUUGGUGCUUGAAUCCAGCUGUGGCCUUUUCAGAUUUAAGUGGUAAUGUCAGGACAAUUGUUCUAACAUCUGGUACGCUCUCUCCAAUGGACUCAUUUUCUUCUGAACUUGGUGUGAAGUUUACUAUCCAACUUGAGGCAAAUCAUGUUAUUCGUAACUCUCAGGUUUGGGUUGGCACCAUUGGGGCAGGCCCCAAAGGUCGGAAGCUGCAUGCCACAUUCCAGCAUACAGAGACCUUUGAAUUCCAGGAUGAAGUGGGAGCACUUCUGCUUUCAGUGUGUCAAACUGUUGACCAAGGGGUCUUAUGCUUUUUGCCAUCUUAUAAGUUGCUGGAUAAAUUAAAAGAUCGCUGGAUGCACACUGGUUUAUGGAGAAACUUGGAGCUGGUUAAGACAGUCAUUGCAGAGCCUAAAGGAGGAGACAAGGCUGACUUUGAUGCACUGCUCCAAUUAUACUAUGAUGCAAUAAAAUAUAAAGGAGGAAAAGAUGGAGCACUUCUGAUAGCAGUAUGCAGAGGUAAAGUUAGUGAAGGCUUGGAUUUCUCUGAUGACAAUGCCCGUGCUGUUAUAACUAUUGGUAUUCCAUUUCCAAAUGUGAAAGACCUUCAGGUUGAGUUAAAGAGGAAAUACAAUGACCAGCACUCAAAGACAAGAGGCCUUUUACCAGGUAGCCAAUGGUAUGAAAUUCAAGCUUAUAGAGCUCUCAACCAGGCACUGGGCAGGUGUAUUCGUCACAAAAAGGAUUGGGGUGCUCUUAUGUUAGUUGAUGACCGCUUCAGGAGUAACCCUAAUAAAUACAUAACUGGAUUAUCCAAAUGGAUUCGUCAACAAAUCCAGCACCAUGAGAACUUUAGUACUGCACUUGAUUCGUUGGAUGCAUUUGCUAAAAAAAAUCAAGUGGGUGCUAGUUCUUCAACCCAGUGUAGUAAUGAAUCUCUGCUCAUACAUUCAAGUUCAAAAGAUCUGUCACCAACUUCGUUAUGGGAGGCAUCUAUUCAUCUAUCACCAGAUGUUCCUGUUGAAAGUAAGGUGCAGAAUUUGGUCCUGGAAGGUCAUCCACCCACAGCAAUCAACACAGUUAAUUCUACAGCAUCCAGUCAAUCAGAUAACAGCAUGGCAACAAAGAAAAAUGGUCAGAAUUCUGGUGUAGAAAAUCAUUCUCACCAAACAGUGUGGAGAGAAAAACAGAUGGAUUCCAAACCAAAAAGUCCUGCCAUCAAAAAAAGAGAGAAAAGGAAUAGUUGGACUAAUGCUGAUCUUAUGAAACAGUACUUCAGCAAUAAACCAGUGACUUCAACACCUCUGCCUGUGAAUGAAAAGAAAUGCAUCUCCAAAUCCAUGUGCAAACAAAAAAGGAGUACUAUUGAAUCUAGUCAGCCUGUUGUUAAUGGUUGCCAGUGCCAGUCGUCAUUGCUUACAGAACAUACACCUAGUGGACCGGCAUUACAACUGGAAACAACUAGUUCCUCAAUAAAAAAGGAUGAGGCUGCAGCUACUGAAGAACAUCCUGCUGAACAGCAACUCUGCACUAGUGGAGUCAUAGAUCAAUGCAUUGAGUUAUCUCCAGUAAGAGGAAAAAUUGAACUUUCAACGUUAAAUGUAGCCAUAGAAGCAGAAGCUGAGGAUGACAGUAUCUAUUUUACACCUGAACUUUAUGAUGAUAUAGAAUCAGAGGAACAGCAAAUUGAACCAUUAAUUCAGACUUGUAAUAAUAUUGUGAAUCAGAAUGAACAUGGAGCUUGCAUUGUAGCUGAAGAUCUUUUUGAAAUCAGUACUUCAAAAGCAGUAAGCUCAACUGGAGAAAUAAAAAGUAAUGAUAACAUGAACAAAGAGUUAGCUAUAAUAGUGCAAAAUGACAAGAUUAAGGGUAAUACAGUUAGUGAUGCUGAAAGUAUUGCUAGAGUAGGAGAAGUGGAACAGAAAAUACAUCAGGAAAUGGACACCAGAAAAAAGAAAAGUAAACUUUCCAGAUCACGAAACAAAGGUGUGUCUUCCUUCUCAUUGAGCAAUACUAGUCCAUAGCUACCAUGUUUUACAGGAAAUUUAGAAAUGAACUUCAUUAUGAAUCACUUAUAUUUCUGGUAGGCUUUUUUAUUGACUACGUAACCUCACUAGUAGAGAAAUGGUGGAAUUGUACUUUCAUUUUAUCUCUUAUCAGAUUUGAUUUUUUUAAUUUUUUUUUAUUUUGCAUAUGCAAAUAAUACUGCUCUGCUGUUUUCUUCAGACUUCAUUAAGAUUCUUCUUCACAGCGUAUGGCUGAAGAGCCAAACAAGACCCAUGGAAUCAUAAAUUGUAGACCCAAUAGUACUGUACCUGAAACUAUAGGGUGAGGACAAAGUUGAUCAGUUGUCGAUUUGAAUUCAUCUCGUGUUGAGCACUAGAAAGCAAUUGCUGUUUAGCCCCCCCAAGAAAAAUAAAAUUUGAAGCAGAUACAAUUCUGUGCAUUUAUGUUAGAUUUAAAAUAAUUAAUAUGCAGAAUAGGCAUAUUCCUUGAGCACCAGGUAAUUUACAAGAGCAACCGUAGAUUCCCAAAUUAGGGGAGCCAUUUUCCAUUCCUUCAAGUCUUUCCUCACAAAAAGAACAUAUCUGCAGAUGAGUAGUAUUGAGAAGACUGCUUGAAAGUUGAUGGUAGUAAUAACAUUAUUACGUAUUCUUCCUUUUUUCAUGUGUAAAUAGAAAGUUGAAGUAAGCUAAUAUCACUGACAUCUCUUCAAAAUUUACUGCUUUGAUGAUCUUUUUAUUUCAAACAUUUUUGUUGAUUACAUUGGGCUAAAUUUUGGUCCUACUGACUUCAGUGGGACCAGAGUUUGGGCCAUUAUAACAUAGUGAAAACCAGAGCAAAGAGAGUUAAUGUUACAAAAUAAAGCAGUAACUUCUAUUAGACAUUUAAAGAACACAAAAUUUGGAAUAAUUAUUUCCAGGGCUUCACAUGUAUCCCAGGUUAACAUGGUGAAUUAACAAUUUGACACUGAAGAUUAAUGCAGAAGGAAGGAUUUUGCUGCUAUGAAACAUUGUGACACAUAUGGUUGAGAAAGCUGGUUUUUGUUUCUCUUUUUAUAUUAAUGAAGUACAUUUUGGGGGGAAAAAUCCUGGGACAAUGUAAAGUAUUUAUGUGGACAUUUAUGUAUUAGUCACACGAGUUGAGUUGGAAUUGCACAUGUGAUGUUUUCUUUAAAAAUCAGACUAAAUAAUGUACAUUUUCUUGCAUCAAGUAUUGUUAAUUAAACAGCUUCUUUUCUUUCUAUAUUAAAUAUUGCUUUAAAAAGAUGAGCUCUUAUAUGUGCAAGUAUGGUAAAAGAUGGGUAGAAUAUUAAAUCUCUUUUGCAUUAACCUCGGA